UCACAACUGUAGUUUGAACUGAGACGUUUUUGUAAAUUAGAAUCAUCUCAAGUGGAUACUGAACACAGUAAAAGUGUCAUAUUCUGCACCAGAGGAAACACUUCUGUUUGUCUUUGACUUGUGGUGUCUGAUCAUCACUUCUCCUCAGAAGUACCGUCCUGUCCUCAUAUAAGCGGUACCGGCCUUUAGUUAGAAGUCAGCUCCAUGGAGUGGGUCCUUGCUGCUUGUGGGUUCGGUGUUCUGCUGCUCUGUAGUUUCUGGUAUAAAUUUAAAGGAGAUAGGGUUGACACAGACAGAAGUCAUGUGCCAAGGCUCAGUCGUCUUCGUUCCAGCUCCGUGGGUCCUUUGGACCUGGCUUGUGGGUUGGAUAUCCUGGUGGUCUUUGGUUUACCGGCUGCAUGGUGUAAAUAUAAAGGUACCGGCCUUUGGGAAGAAGUCAGCUCAAUGGAGUGUGUCCCUGUAGCCGUGGCUUGUGGGUCGGUUGUCCUGCUGCUCGUUGGUUUCCGGGCUGCGUGGUGUAAACUUAAAGGUACCAGUCUUUGGGAAGAAGUCCGCUCCAUGGAGUAUAGGUUGGAUAUCCUGGUGCUGUUUGGUUUCCACGCUGCGUGGUUUAAAUUUAAAGGUACUGGUCUUUGGGAGGAAGUCAGCUCCAUGGAGUGGGUCUCUUUGGACCUGGUUUGUUGGUUAGAUAUCCUGGUGUUUCUUGGUUUCCGGUCUGCGUGGUUUAAAUUUAAAGCCAAAAUGGCUCAGCAGAAGAAGGAAGAUGAGGCCAAAAUGAUUCCGCAGAUGAAGGAAGUUGAGGCCAAAAUGACUCAGAUGUUCUCCGAACUACAGCAGCAGAAGCAGGAAGAUCUCACCAAAAUAUCUCAGAUGUUCUCCACACUAUCGGAGCAAAGGAAUGAAGAUCGGACCCAAAUUGCUCAGAUGGUCUCCAUCGUACAGCAGCAGCAGAAGAAGGAAGAUCUCACCAAAAUAACUCAGUUGUUCUCCACACUACAGAAGCAGAAGAAGGAAGAUGAGGCCAAAAUGGCUCAGAUGGUCUCCACACUACAGCAAGAGAAGAAGGAAGUUGAGGCCAAAAUCACUCAGAUGUUCUCCGAAUUACAGCAACAAAAGCAGAAAGAUCUCACCAAAAUAUCUCAGAUGUUCUCCACACUAUCGGAGCAAAGGAAUGAAGAUCGGACCCAAAUUGCUGAGAUCGUCUCCACCGUACAGCAGCAGCAGAAGAAGGAAGAUCUCACCAAAAUAACUCAGUUGUUCUCCACACUACAGAAGCAGAAGAAGGAAGAUGAGGCCAAAAUGGCUCAGAUGGUCUCCACACUACUGCAAGAGAAGAAGGAAGUUGAGGCCAAAAUCACUCAGAUGUUCUCCGAACUACAGCAGCAGAAGCAGGAAGAUCCCACCAAAAUAUCUCAGAUGUUCUCCACACUAUCGGAGCAAAGGAAGGAAGAUCUGACCCAAAUUGCUCAGAUCGUCUCCACCGUACAGCAGCAGAAGAAGGAAGUUGAGGCCAAAAUGACUCAGAUGGUCUCCAAACUACAGCAAGAGAAGAAGGAAGUUGAGGCCAAAAUCACUCAGAUGUUCUCCGAACUACAGCAGCAGAAGCAGGAAGAUCCCACCAAAAUAUCUCAGAUGUUCUCUACACUAUCGGAGCAAAGGAAGGAAGAUCUGACCCAAAUUGCUCAGAUCGUCUCCACCGUACAGCAGCAGAAGAAGGAAGUUGAGGCCAAAAUGACUCAGAUGGUCUCCAAACUACAGCAAGAGAAGAAGGAAGAUCUCACCAAAAUAACUCAGUUUUUCUCCACACCACAGCAGCAGAAGAAGGAAGAUGAGGCCAAAAUGGCUCAGAUGGUCUCCACACCACAGCAGCAGAUGAAGGAAGAUGAGGCCAAAAGGGAUUAUAUGGUCUCUGGACUGAAGGAAUCCAUAGAUGAACUCACAACUCUACUUGAGAAGGUGAAGACAGAGAAGCUGGAGAACAAGAAGGAGCUUCAGUCCCUGGAGGAAGAAAUAAGAGAGAGAGAAAAGCAGUCGGACAUACCGAAGGAGUUAAUAACAGCCAAAGAAAACCUGCUGAAGGCUCAGUGGAAACUAGACGAGACAAAGAGGAACUAUGAAAAACUCACAAUGAUGAUGGAGAACCUGAUGGAGCUCUAGAGUUCAUGUUUACUACCUUGAUUUUCCUGAUAAAUUGAUGCAAGUGUUGCAUGUUUUUCUCUGGAUUAAAAGCAGAAGUGAAUCUCUUUCU